UUUCUCGCUAGAACAAGCCAAUAUUUCGUAAACAAUAGGAAAGUAGUUGAGAUAAUUGGACAACAUCGCCAGUGUCGAUUUAGCGGUCAACAAUGAAGGUCUCAAAUCUUUGCAUUUUGGUUGGCACUCACUUUCUGAUAGGUGCGAGUCUCGGUAUUGGUUCAAAUAACUUCGUGACUCAUUGCAGAUACAAUGUGGAUUGCAAAGGUUUACCAAAAGUCACAACUUCUCUCCGCCAGUGCGACUAUUGUUCUUUAAGCCAGAGUAAUACAUAUUGCCAAUUUUUGUCCUCUGCUUCCGUAAAUGCAGCUAAUUGCGGACAAGCCAAAGAUAAAGGAAUCAGUUCCAAGAUCAAGAAUGACAUUUUGAAUCAACAUAACCAACUCAGGAGUAAUAUUGCCUUUGGGAAAGUACCACGGAUUCCGAGCGCCAGUAAUAUGCGAGAAAUGACAUGGAACGAGGAACUGGCUCAAGGGGCUCAACUCUGGGCCAAUCAGUGCGUUUUCACUCAUGAUAGCAAUGACAUUUGCAAGUAUAGUGUCGGACAAAACCUAUACCUCUCGUGGAGUUCUGCUCCAGACGCAAAAUCCGAAUGGUCGAAAGCAGUAACUGAAUGGUUCAAUGAGGUAAAAGACGUCUCGCCUCAAGCCAUCAACAAUUUUCCUUCCUAUAGUAGAGAUCCCAUUGGACACUUUACACAAUUGGCCUGGGCAGAGACUCACGAGCUUGGAUGCGGUUACAUCAAUUAUUUCAACGCAAACCAAGGUUACCAAUAUUACGUAUGCAACUAUGGUCCUAUGGGAAACAUGAUUGGAGCAUCGGUCUAUAAAGAGGGACAAGCUUGUUCCAAUUGUCCGCAGGGGACAACAUGUAACCAAGGAUCAGGGUUAUGUUCAUUGGGCACAAAUCAGCCCAACCCUGGUUUCAAUGAAGAUAUAGUUCAACCUGUUCAGCCUUCCCAACCAGUGUGGCCACCUCCAACGACUGGGCAGGGACCUACCGUGGGGCCUGGCUUUCCUCCAAACAAUGGACAAAAUCCUACCUGGGGCCCAGGUCUGCCUCCUAUCCCCUUUUGUAAAGAACUUGAUGGAACAAUUCGAAAUCUUUAAAAGCGUGUGCUUUCCCAUUGAACAAUCUUGCAUGUCCAUAAUUAAUCAUGUCAGCACAUCAUCAAACAAUUUUCCUCAAAAUGAAGCAUUUAAACCCCAAAAUGAUCUGGC